GUACCGUGGAGUACUAAUAUUGCAAGCGCGGUUUACCCUGUAAAUUUGCUAUGGUUAGCUGAUGGUCAUACCUGCAGUUAAAUGCACGCGUGUUCUGGCGUUUGUUUUUCAGUUUCAGUCUUGCUCGUACCUGUGUGUCGUCAACGCCAAGCUAGCUUAAUAUGCUAUAUAUAUAUUCCAGCUUGUUAAAUGUAGCACGACGCCGAAACGACACCGUGAAUUUGCACAUUCUUCCUAGCAUGUAAGGACCGUGAGAGUAAACUUCAUCAAGAUACUGUGGAUUUAAUGUCAUACAGCCAACUUGCAGAUGUGGUGAAAACAGACCAACCUAAUCCACCUACCAGCCAACUGUCGAGCCUGGCCUUUGUGUACCUGCUUCUCAGGUAGGAGUUGAGCAGGGGGCAGGGCCACCCGUGCAGUAGGAGGGAUGCCUGUGGAGGGCGGAAGCAGUAGUGGCUCUGCUUCGGCUGCCCGUCACCCCAAGCAGAAGCGCAAGGCUCACAGCUUGUCUAUCCGGCGCACCAACAGCACAGAGGAGAGGCCAUCAGGCAUCCAAAGAGGAGACAUGCUGGAGGGACAGGACUCCAAGCUGCCCCUCUCCUUACGGAACAAUCUUCUCGACCUUUUUGGCCAGAUUGAGCGCGAGUUUGAAAAUCUCUACAUUGAAAACCUUGAAUUACGGAGGGAAAUUGACUCUCUGAAUGAGCGUCUGACCGGAGAUGGGCAGACUAUUGAGGGAGGCGACCCCACUAAGGGAGCUCUGAAAACAAAAGCCAGCCACAGCACCAGUCAACUGUCACAGAAGCUGAAGACGACCUACAAAGCCUCAACCAGCAAGAUUGUGUCCAGCUUUAAAGCCACCACAGGGUCCCGGGCUUUGUGCCAGCUGCUCAAGGAGUACGUGGGCCACCGGGACGGCAUCUGGGACCUCAGCAUCACCCGCACUCAGCCAGUGGUCCUGGGCACCGCCUCCGCAGAUCAUUCAGCUCUGCUGUGGAGUAUAGAAACUGGCAAAUGUCUGCUGAGGUAUGCUGGCCAUGCAGGAUCAGUCAACUCCAUCAAGUUCCACCCCACAGAGCAGAUGGCCCUCACAGCCUCCGGGGACCAGACGGCUCACAUCUGGCGCUACAUGGUGCAGCUUCCUGCCCCCCAGCCACCACCAGAUGUCAGUGCUCCUUGUGAUGACGACCAGGACUCGUCAGACAGAGAGGAAGGUGAAGUGGAUGGUGAGGGCCCUUGUGAGGUCCCCACUGUCCGCGUUGCUACAGCAACGCUGAAGAGCCACCAGGGUGUUGUGAUCGCAGCUGACUGGCUGGUGGGAGGCCGACAAGUAGUGACGGCAUCUUGGGAUCGUGCUGCUAAUCUGUAUGAAGUGGAGACAUCUGAACUAGUUCACACACUCACAGGACAUGACCAGGAGCUAACCCACUGCUGUACUCACCCCACCCAGCGGCUGGUUGUCACCUCAUCCAGAGACACCACCUUCAGACUGUGGGACUUCAGAGAUCCGUCCAUCCACUCUGUCAACGUCUUCCAGGGACACACUGACACGGUGACGUCAGCAGUGUUCACGGUGGGUGACAAUGUGGUUUCAGGGAGUGACGACCGCACCGUGAAGGUGUGGGAUUUGAAGAACAUGAGGUCGCCUAUAGCAACCAUUCGCACUGACUCGGCUGUGAACAGGAUAAGCGUCUCCGCCAACCAGAGGAUCAUUGCUCUGCCACACGACAAUCGUCAAGUCCGACUGUUUGACAUGAGCGGAGUGAGGCUGGCGAGACUUCCACGCAGCAACAGAAUGGGUCACAGGCGGAUGGUGUGUUGUACUGCGUGGAAUGAAGAGAACCAGUCGUGCAACCUGUUCACCUGCGGCUUUGACCGACAAGCCAUUGGCUGGAACAUCAACAUCCCUGCGCUGCUUCAGGAGAAGUGAUGCCACUGACACACACGCGCACACACACACACACACACACACAGCAGAAACACACAGCAAAGUAGGAGACGGUACACAUAAACACUGUAAUCUGUGGCCUCGCACAUGCUUGUAUGUUUAAAGUGUUUAUCUAGUGAAGCAGAUAGUUUUUAUGUAUUUCACAGAUUUCCAGCAGCUGGAAUAUGUGAAAAAAAAACAUUGUUACUUGAGGAUGCAGCUAUUAAUUGUCAAUUAUUGUGCACAUGUGCAGUUUAAAUCUCUCCUGGUGUCAAAUGACUGACAUGACUGACAUAACAUUUUAAAGUCCAGGUGCGUGCGAGGUCACAGAGCUGGUCUCCUGUAUUUGACCCUCUGACUUUAGCAUGCAUUGUGAAAUUGUGACUACGGCUAGGCUGAUUCUUUAGUUCCUAGCCUUUUUUGUUUUAAAGUAUAAAAGUAUAUAUUUGACUCCACAGUCUUAGGCUGCUGUUCACAUCACUGUUGUUUAGUUACUGCUGAAUGGUUGCUCAUGCAUGUAGAUAAUCUCGGUUUGCAAAUGUUACUUGUAAAGAUGUGAGAGAAGAACAAUUAUAAGGCCAGGAGAGUUUGUAGAAUAUGAUAUAAAGAAGUUAUGUAUAUAUUAUGUCGUGGCCUGGUUAAGUGACCUGGGUUGCAGGUUGUUGCUAUUUCAUGGAUUAAGUGUCUUACAGAAAUCUACCUUUUGAGGGUGGAGUGUGGCAGAGAUAGCGCGGUUCUGUGAAAUGGUUUUAUCCUUUUAGUCAGACUUGAAAUCAUCCUCAAACAUAAUAUUCACGCCUGCCAGAUGACCUAUGCGGCAUGCAGGCUGCUUGGUCAUUCAGUUGUCUUAAAAUGUUUCAGGAUUUGCUGUCUUGUCUGUCACUGUCACUGAUUAAGAUUCGAGUCCUUGCCUAUUACUAUUGAUGCUUUCAAUUCACAGCCAGCCUCCGUGUUACCAGACUUUGUUGUCAAUAUUUCAAUUGAUACUGCAACUUUGCCUUGUUCCAUGUUUACGGUAGGAUUGCAUUUUUUUUUUAAAGUUUUGCUCUAUUCUGCCUCUCUGUCAGACUGCAAAGUGUCAAGAGCAUAGCAAUAAUGGGUAAACGACUGCACGUCUGUUGUUUGCGGAACUUUUGUAGGUCUGUGAAUGGGAUGUGUUCAGCAUUAUCAUAGUGUAUAUGUUGCAGGUUUAGGUGUCACUACUUUUAGCCAUAAUACGCGCCCAUAUUUCUCCGGUGUCCGUGAAAUACAGACCCACCCUUUCAGCCUGUUGCCAACUCAAAGCCCUUUGUCGCUGUAAUGUGUCAUCCCUAAGUGAUCUUGUCGGUUACUGGUCAUUUCUGUGCUUCAGUAACAGCCUGUCAAUAUGAAGUUAUAGUGUUUACACUUUGCAUCGAACCCUUAGCCUUGUAUGACCUCUUGGACCUUUUGUUGUGGAUGGCGCUGUUGAGUCUGUGAGAAGCACUCUUUAUCCAAAUUCAGAAGCAAUAACCCAGCUCCUUUGUGUUUCUGGUGCUCAGUGUGAAGCUCGUUUCUGUCUUGGAAAUCAGUGAAUAUGACUUUAAAUACACACACUGAAUCUCAGUUUGAGAACUAGAAGAACUAGAGUUGGGCUUCAGCGGAAUCCAGGAAACUUUUUUUUGUUACACUUGUGCAAUAUCCUAAACAUGAAGUCAUGCUGUAGUUUUUGAUCUUCAGAUGUUUAACUUAUUUCAGUGCUGUAAACCCCAUACAAACAUUGUAUGUACUUGUGUGACUGGUGUAGAUGUAGCUCAGUGUACAUAGGUAUGCAUAACUUACCCCAAAGCUGGCGUCAGACUUCACACUUUACUGCUGUUUCUACCAACAAUAGAGUCAGGAUGGAUUUUGAAGUAGCACGAACCUAAAAAUGUAAUAAGAGUAAUGAAAUGCCUUACCAUUGCAUUGAAAAAAGGUGCACUAGCCUUAUCCAUCUGAGCAUCAAUGCACUUUUCCAAAUGCUAGUUAAAUAACUAAUUGUGUUCCACUGCACAGUGCAGAUAGGAUUUUUAUUCCUGUUUCAUUCAAAGAACUCAAUCUUGCGCCCACUGAUAUCAGUGUCAUUGUAAUCUGCAGGCAAGUCUGAUUUGUGUCCCACAUAUGAAUUCCAGCUCAGAGGAAAUAUGAUUUCGGAUUGAUACAUUAAAUUAUUGUGUGCCAGAUUGGAGGGGGGGGUUAAAAAAAAAGAAAAAAAAAGUGGAUAGGCUUCGCUUCAUUGUAGCGAAUCAUAUUCACCUCAAACUUCAUUAUGUGAUCUACUUUGCAUACUUUAUUGUGACGGGUAUGUGCUCUCUGACACUUUCCAAUAAACUGUGUGAUUUUCUUUUCCCAGA